AUGGUCAUAAGCCCACGCACCAGCUCGGUUAGAGUGGUUAGUUGGGCAUGCAUCUGCAUCAGGUCCGGCCGUGGUGCGUCUGGAGGUGGGACUUCGUUUCUGACUGGGCGUAGAUCUUCUUCCAUCCCGAUAUUCCCUGGACAGAUGGAGAUUUAUAAUUAUGUAGUUGGGGGUCGAACGUUUUCAGAUCCCCAGCGGAGUCGCCAAUUGUUGACGGUCAAAUUUCGCCAACAAAAAACCGGCCGGAUUAUUAUUAGAAAGAACUUUUCUUCAAAUCUUCUCUGCCGUCAAGAAUGGACGUCGUUGAACAAAUACCCACCGCUCUUAACCGCUCUUCACCAUUUGUCUAUCGAAGAUCAGGGUGAAAAGGAGAGUAAUUUAGAGAAGGAACAAAGAAGCUUUGGGAAUCAUGGUGGGAUCUGUGUUAUAUGUUUGGAUAAAAUAGCGCUUCAGGAAAUAGCUCUUGUAAAAGGUUGCGAGCACGCCUACUGUGUGACUUGCAUUCUUCAAUGGGCAACAUAUAGUAAGAAUCCAACGUGCCCCCAGUGUAAGCAUCGAUUCGAAUUCCUUAAUGUUCAUCGUUCACUUGAUGGCAGCAUUCAUGAUUACAUGUUUGAGGAGAGUGUUUGUCUUCUCCUGAGAGCUUCAUGGUUUAAACCAUUGACUGUAGAGGAGCAGGCAAAUGCCUACUCUGAGAUUGAAGAUUUUGAUUUCUUCGAGGAAGAAUACUUGGAAGAUGAUCUAGAUGAAGUGUACUACCGUAGUUCUUCAUCGAGUAUUCGAAUUGGUAACCGGAGAUGGGGAGAUAAUGGAUAUGUUAGGGGCGGUCGUCAGGAAGCAAGGCCGAGGCCGGUUUACCAGUCUAAUUUUCAAGACUCGGGUGCUGGUAGCUCUAGUCAGUCGGCUCAAAAGGAAGCCGCAAAAAGUAAAACAGGUCGGCGGGCAAAGAGGACACUUAAACGAGAAGCAGCUGACAGAGCAGCAGCUGCAAAACACGAGUCGCAUUUGGCUAGGUUAGGAAGAAAAUAGUUUCAUUUCUUUUAUGUACAUAAUAAGCUGGAACCCCAAAUUGACUCCUUGUACAGUUGUCCCUUCUUUUUUUUUUUUUUCUUUAACUUCCUAAAUGGGGAAAAAAAUCUACUGCAGAAUACACUUCUGCGAAAUAAUGAUGGGAUUUAAGCGAAACUCUAUCAAAUCGGUGGAACUAGUGAUGCACUGUAUCCAUC